AUGAACGCCUACCCGCCAGAGCUGCUAUGCCACCACUAUCCUUGCAUGCUCGUGGCCGGCCUGCUCCCCAUACCCGCCGCAUCGACUUCCACCCCUUCCCAGGUUCCAUCAGCAGGCGCACAGCAACCAGCCGCAUCCGCACCAGCACAACCACCACCACCAGCGACACAGACAACCCCACCCUCUGAUGCGACAACACCGCCGCCCACCAGGCCAGACGACAACGGCACAGAAGCCGCCACCACGGCCUCAGCAGCACCGAUUGCGGAUCCUGCAGCUGCCCGCACAGAAGACGCCGCCGACCCACGCAGCAGCAAGGAUGGAGGGCAUCCAGCCCAUGCCUACCCGGACCUCUGCCAGAGCCUGGCUGAAAUCUUCAAUGCCCGCGGCUCCAAUCUGGUCUGGGAUCCGGCUCGAGCCCAGUCCACCGUCUUCCACUCGGUCCUCGUACAGCAAAACAUCCGCCUGCCCCCUGCAAAGACCAGGCUCAGCCCGAGGACGGCCAACCCGGCAGCGCCCCCAUCGCCCGCCUCAAACAGCGGCACGGCGUCCGCCUCGGCCUCGCCCGAGACGAGCGCAAAGAGUCCAGGUAGCUCCAGCAAACAGCUCCCGCCCACCAACGACGCCGCAUCCUCCCUGGCUUCCAUGGCGCCCCGCAGCCCGCUCUCGCCCCUCCACCCCGCCGGCCCGCUCUUUCCCGACGGCCUGAUCGCCCCCAUCUGGGCGCGCAAGCACCGCGAGAUGAUCCCUGCCGUCUUUGUGUCGUUCUUCUGCCUCGCAGAGAAGCCAGGGGGCCCGCGAGCCGAGCAGACGGCCGAGACGGGCGCCUUCCUGCGCAGGCACGACGAGGAGCUCAUCCGCCAGAUUGAGCAGCGUAAGCGCUCCCUCACCGAGCGCGGCAUCAAGAUGACCGUCGUGCUCCUCACCAGCCGCGGAAUGCUCGAGGACCCGCUGCUCGAGGGCCGCCUCAGCUACGUGCGGCGCACCUCGGGCCUCGACUCCAAGGCGAGCCUCUUUGUCCUGACGCCCGUGUCCAAGCAGGAGCUCAACGAGUUUGUCACCAGCCUCCACCGGGCGCUCCACGACUCGGCCGUCGACUUCUACCGCGAACACGCCCGCAGGGUCCGCCGCAAGCGCGCUCGCUACCCGCCGCCGCCCUCGGUCAUCCAGCCCAUCCUGUCUGCUGCCGCCGCGCUGGCGCCCAAGCCGGUCGACCUCGUCCCGCUCUCGAGAGAAGGCUGGAUCGUGCGGGCAGAGUACAAGCUGGCCACGUUUGCCGAGCUGCAGGGCGACAACGACGAGGCGCUGCAGCGGUACCAGGAGGCGUACGACGUCCUCUCGGGGCCUUGCCUCGGCAGCACCAUGAUGCUCCCGCCGCGCACCAAGCGCUGGGCCGAGGCAAAGGUCCUCGCAGACACCCUCAGCAUCAAGAUCGCCAAGCUCCACCUCUACCGGGACGAUGGCGCCGCCGCCGUUAGGCAGCUGCACCGGCACCUCCACCGGUUCACUGAACUGAGUACGGGGUGGGGGAUCGGGAGCAUGACGUUCGAAUACUGGAGCUGGCUCUGCAAACAAUACCGAAUGUUCGCCGACCUGAUGGACGCCGCCACGCGGAGCCCGAGCUCGUCGCCGGUGCCGCCCUUUUCGCUGCCGACGCACGCCCCGCCGCUGCCUUCGAAGCUGCUGCACCCCGACGUCCUGUCCAUGCUCCAGGCGGGCAUGCCGGCGCCUCACGGCAUGAUGACGCCGACAGCCGAGGCGGCUGCGCUGGGCGUCUCGCCGGCCGCGCUCAUCCAGGGGCCAGGCACUUUCUACUACCUCGCCGCACUGUGCACGCUCGAGCGGAGAGAUCGUUUCCACAAGCUCGUGGCCGCCGAGCAGCUUUCGGAGGAAGAUGUGAACAAGCACCCUUCCCUGUCGCACGAGCAAAAGGUCGACUACACGGCGCAGAUUACAGAGCAACUGACGCGGGCGUACGAUUGCUUCAAGCGAACCAAGAUGGCGCGGCUGUCGCUCAUGGUGGCGUCCAAGAUCGCGCUCGUCUACCUCGAGGGCGGCAAGCACGAGAUGGCGCUGCGCUUCCUCGAACGGAUCCUGCGCAGCUUCCGCAUCGAGGGCUGCCACGCCAUCCAAGCCUGGCUCACGCAGCUCGCCGCGGGGUGCGCCGUGCACAUCGGCGACAUCGAGAGCUCCAUAUGCCUCCUCUCGGACCUGCUCCAGAUGCGGCUCGACAUCCCCGAACGCGACCGCGCCGCCGCCGAGGCACGAUUGGUUGCCAUCCUCGAGGGCGAUGCGGCGCUGCCGGAGGGGAAGAGUCCCGUGCGCAUCGAGAGCGACGGCACCAAGGGCCUCGUCGUCGUCGAACCGGUCUUCCUCGACGAGUCGGUCGAGGUCGGUGCGCCAGCUGCGUUCCAGCUGCGCCUGACGGCCCCCAAGGGCAGCAGGAUCUCAAGCAUCGCAUUUGCGUCGCUCGAAGUCAGGAUCUCGGGCUUCGAGGAACCCCUCGUCAUCCAUGCGAGCGAUGCAGCCUCGAGCGGCACCGAGAUCGUCGAUGUUGGACCGAUCAACGGCGCCUCGCUCGCCGCCGGCGACGAAGAGCAAUUUGCGAAGCUGCGCUGCGGCCUAUCAUGGGCGGCGGGCAGCACCAAGGUGAUUCAGGGAAGUCUCGUCUCGGACGUGACCGGCACUCUGGAGCUCGAGCGCGUCGUGCUUCGCACUGCGGGCGAAGCCGCGGCGAUAGAGUUUGUCUUUGACCUCUCAUGGCCGGCCUCGGCGCCCACCGCGACACGGCCCGGGCAGAUCCACGAUCCGCGGUGGCUGGUGCGCACCAAGGCGGGCAAGCACCGAUACCUGUCGAUCUCGCAGCGCGAGUCGUGGCACUCUGCCCGCGUGCGGCCGCGGAGUUACCGGUUGGAGCCGUCGGCGUCGCACCUGGACACGGCCUACCUCGACGAGCGCUUCCCCAUUGUGCUCAAGCUGACGAACCGAGAGUCGGUGCCGCUCCGAUGCGCCGCCGACCUCGGGUUGCAGGCGGCCUACGAGGGCAUGGACGAUACGCUGCAGUGCGGCGGCGACGCACCGCCCAGCGCACAGGUGCGCGACCACGACUGCGGCACCGUGGCGCCAGGACAGACUGUCGAGGUCCCCUUUUGGCUGCGCGCCGCAAGGAGGGAGGGCGUACGGAUCGUCGAUGUCGUCGUAAGAUCCUGGCCCGCUCGGUCCGCGGCCGACGGCGGCGGCGGCGGCGACGGCCACAACGACGACGACAACGAGGAAGAGGAAGAGACACGUGGGGCGAGCGAGACGACGCUCUCGAUCCGCAUCGACGUCGUUCCCGCUUUCCGUGUUUCGUUCAGGCCGAUCUGGACGGCCGACGAGCCGGGCGGUGGGGAGGCCAAGGCGCUUCUCGACCUUUCUGAUGGCGAUGCUGACAACAGCGACGACGACGCCUUCACCGACGAGGACGGGCAAGGAGGCACCAUACGACGUACCCCACCUCGACGACGACGACGACAAAGAAGGGUCGACGUGGAGACGACGUUCGAGAUGCGGGGCCCAAGCCCGAUCGAGGUACGCUCGAUCGACGUGCAGCUCCCGUCCUCGCGCCGCGGGGCCAUCACGAUGGCACAAGACUCGGCGGCCGAGUCGGACGCGCAUACAGACGUGCAGCUCCAGGAUGUCCUGGGACGCUGGGAGCGGGGCGACGCGUUUGGGGUGUACCACGCUUUCCUUGUUCCCAGCACCCGCGAUGGCGACGACGAUGACGAUAGCGACGAGGGGGUGCGGGUUGGGGAGGAGGGGGGCCAGGUUGUGGUUUGCUGGUCGCGCCACCGCACUUUGGACGGGGAUCAGCAAGAUGACGAGGCAAAGACAAACAGGACGGUAUGCAAGUUGCCCUCCUCCCUCUUGGUUCCACCCACAGCCGCACCAUCGUCAUCAUGGGGGGGCAUCAAAGUGACGACGCAGUUCGACAAGACGGCGUGUCUCGGUGUCGCCUUUGACUUUUCACUCGUCCUCACCAACACGGGCGACGGCGGUAGGACGACGGGCAAGAACCAAAACCAGAAUCAAGAUCGGAAGCACGAGGGGAGGGGGGUGGGGAGUGCGUCGGUUGUGGUGCAGAUCGACUCGAGCCCGUCGUUUGUCUUUGCGGGACCACGGCGGCUCUGCAUCCCGCACCUCCUCGCCUCGUCUUCGCGGCGCGUCGAGGCGUGGCGCUUCGUCCCCCUCACGCUGGGACGCGUCUCGCUGCCCCCCAUCUCUGUCCUCCUCCGAUCCGCAUCCGGGCGGGGCGCGCGGACGGGCGCAAACGGGCCGGCUGGGGACGAGGACGAGGACGAGGAGAGGGUGGUGUGGCAGUCGCUCUCGCUCGAUGCGCCAAGCGGGUUGUACGUCGAUGUGUUGCCUGCGUAG